AUCAAAAUGAACAUUAAACUACUUCUCUGUAUUGGUCUCAUUUCAGCGAUGUCCGUAUAUCGAAGUUGCUGGUUGAGCUUCCGGCGGUACAACACACGCUCGGCUGCGCACCAGCAGCGUCAAUUCGAGGUGCUGGUGCCCGCGCUGCAGACUUUUAAGCGUCUGCAUGGUCACUACGCCGUCCCGCUGCGCUAUACAGUGCCGAGUACUCGCAAUUCUGGCGCUGAGCAAUGGCCACAAGAACUCCACGGAAUGAAAUUGGGCACGACUAUCUCGCGGUUCUUAAAGGCUUGUGCGUCAGCUAAGAAACCCUCGAAACGACAGAGCUUAGACCGACUUCGAGCACAACUUCGGGAAAUUGGAGUACCGGAAGUUGAGGACUGGAAACGUUUCUUGUGGGACGAAUUGACAGUGCCAGCAAUGCAGACGUACAGAUCGAAGCACGGAGAUCUGCUCAUCCCAGCAUCGUUCACUGUUCCUGAAGGAGAUGACGCAUGGCCCCGCUCGACAUGGGGCUACAAACUGGGCUAUUGGACGAGCGAGCUUCGGCGUAAGAAGGACAUGCUGCAACAGUAUCAAGUAGACGAUCUGAAAGCUCUAGACUUUAGCUGGAAUGCUCUCGAAGCUCGUUGGAACCGAUACUUUGUUCCAGCAAGGCAGACGUACCAGGAACUGUAUGGCACUUCACAAGUACCACAGAGCUUUGUGGUGCCGUGCAACGAUCCAGACUGGCCGGCAGAGCUCGGGGGAUAUCGACUUGGGCAAAAGGUGAAUAAUUUGCGUUGCGGUAAUGCCGAGGAGCUGCAAGAUAUAGAGCUGAUCUACAAGAGCUGGAUGCUUCUAGAAACUCUGCACGUAGUGGACGAAGAAAUAAGCCACAACUCGACAAGUUGCUUUUGA